GUUUGAUUUAGCGAAGUCCAUAUGGGAAAUUAUCUUACUUCUGUGGGUGGAUAUUUUAUACCAAUAAACGCCAUGAAGUGAGCUACCUGAUACUAAGUGGUAUGCUUAAUAGUAAAACCCUCUCGUCUUGUUAAAACGUGCACACGAAGAUUUGUAUUCAUAGUUUUUAUUGCAAUAGGAUCCCCUUUGUUGUUUGAUUGGCUUAACAAUACACACAGUUAAUCGUGAAAAUCUACAAGAAAUAAGAUGCAAGGCUAUGCUUCUUAUACUGGAGGCCCAGUUGGGUUUGGUGAUCCUAACAGUAAGUAUAUUUCGAGUACAGAACGCAGCAACGUAAUUUCAAAAUUUGUACAAGAGAAACUUAUUAGUGAAUUAUGUGUAGAAGAGUGGAAAGAUUGGCGAAAGUGCAUACGUGGAAAACGAGGCGAGUGGUUCGGUACCUGGAAAUGCAAACCUAAAUAUCAGAUAUUUGAACAGUGUCAGAUGAGAUUGCUAUAUGACGGCGGUGACAAUACUAAUCCAGUCUUCUCAGGUGUCAAAAGACAAUCUUCCACAGUAUGUGGGUCUGAGAAAUGAUAAGUGCCCUCAUACUUCAAGGUCAUUUUGUUUACCUCAAAUCUCUUAUUCACUGCUUCAUCUUUUUUCUGUUUUCAGUAUCGCCCGUCCUCAUCUAGCUUUGAGUUUUAUGUGUGUCACUAAUGUGAACAAAAUGCUAUUUCUGGUCAGUAACUAUGGAUUAGAUAAUCAUUUAUUCUCAGCAAGUACCAACUAUCAUAAAGAGAGACACUAUUCAACCAGGUGACCCCCAAAAUAGACUGCCUUGCUACCAGCUACCAUUUAUGUGUGUGACAGAAGACGACCGCUUCUCAUAGAGCGUGCAUUUUGAUGCGUUUUACUGGAUAAAAUACAGCGCUGAUACUACUAGUUUAAACCAAAAGUUAGGGAAAUAACAGAUUUUAUAAGCUUUUACUGAAUUGAUGAAAAACGACUUCAAAGUAAACUGACAACGAUCACGGACAAUUGUUGACAAAAAAAGCAAAUUGGAUUGAGGA